UGUCCAUUAUCUUCUCUCUCUUACCCUAGAAUUUCACUUUCCAAUUCAGUUCCCAAAUAAUUUUCCCCAAAACAAAAGGUUAAUAUUUUGUUUUAAAUUUUUAUAUACAAAUAAUACUAGCACCCAAAAAUUUUCCCUCCUUCUCUGUUAUAUGGCAUUUCAUGUCGCCUGUCCAAUUACCUGCCGGCGGAUAUGUUUCUGCGCUUUGGGUUUUCCGCGGAGGUUGCAGAGCGAGAAGGGGAGGGGCGAUUUCUUGCAGGAGGUUCAUGCGAUUGAUCGUUUCUUGAGUGAUCCAUGGCUGAUUAAGGCCAGGGAGAAUGCCACGGUGCAGGUUCAGGUCCCCAAGGUGGCGGUUAAAUCGCCUGCUUCGCUGCCUCCACGCCUGCAAUUUGGGGGCGAGGAGGCGGAGGCUCCUGCAGCUUCGGCUCAGCUGAAGAGGGUGAAGCUGCAGAAGCAAGGUGCUGCUGCGUCGAUUGUUGGAGAGGAUUACUCGAGGAGGUUUGGGUCUGGUGAUUUGGUGGUAUCUGCAAAAGAUGCUGAGCAAGGCCACUCUAAUUCCAAGGUAGUGUGCCAGCUAUGCUUCUCUGGUGAAAAUGAAGGAAGUGAAAGGGCAAGAAAGAUGCUAUCUUGCAAAAGUUGUGGGAAGAAGUAUCACAGGAGCUGUCUGAAAGCUUGGUCUCGAAAUAGAGAUCUUUUUCACUGGAGUUCUUGGACUUGCCCCUCUUGUCGAAUUUGUGAGGUCUGCCAAAAAACUGGAGAUCCAAAUAAGUUUAUGUUCUGUAAGAGGUGCGAUGGUGCACUCCACUGUUACUGUCAGCAACCUCCGCAUAAGAAUGUUGGCUAUGGGCCAUACUUAUGCCCGAAGCAUACAAAUUGCCACAGUUGCGGUUCCUCUGUCCCUGGAAAUGGCCUAAGUGUGCGGUGGUUUUUGGGGUAUACUUGUUGUGAUGCUUGCGGAAGAUUGUUUGUCAAGGGAAACUAUUGCCCUGUCUGUUUGAAGGUAUAUAGAGAUUCCGAGUCAACUCCAAUGGUUUGUUGUGAUAUCUGUCAACACUGGGUGCACUGUCCUUGUGAUGGCAUCAGUGAUGCAAAAUAUAUGCAAUUUCAAGUCGAUGGAAAUCUCCAAUAUGCUUGUCCUGCAUGCCGUGGAGAAAGCUGCCAGGUUAAGAAUCCUGAGGAGGCUGUCCAGGAACUUUGGAAACGGAGAGAUGAAGCUGAUAGGGAUUUGAUAGCCAGCUUGAGAGCAGAUGCUGGGUUGCCUACACAGGAAGAAAUUUUUGACAUCUCACCUUUUUCAGAUGAUGAAGAGAGUGAUCCUGCAUCACGAAAGAAUGAAUAUAACCGUUCUUUGAAGUUUUCCCUCAAAGGGCGGGAUGAAAAAUCACCAAGGAGUAAAGAAUAUGGAAAGAAAUCUUCAAAAAAGAAGUAUGGCAAGAAAAAGGGAAAUGAAAUAUCUUUUACCAAUGGAACCAACACAGAGAAUUUUGGCAGACACACUGAUGGUCAACCUUUUGGGUAUAAAAGCAGUGAUAACAAGAAUGAAAAAAUUCAAUUUUCUGAAGAGCAUGCAACUUCUUCCUCUGGAGCUGGAAUCUUAAGUGAAGCAAUCAGUGAGGCUGCAAUCUCUAAUCACAAACAUGUUGAUGAGGUGAUUGUAGCUGCUGGAACUAAGACAUCCAGGACUAUCAAAAUAAAGAACAACAAACCUCAGAGUUUGACUAAUAGCGAGGAUAGUCCUAGUGGAAUGCUGAAAACUGGGCAGGGCCCAAAGCUUGUCAUACAUUUGGGUGGCCGAAAUAGGAAUGCAAAUAGUCCUCCUACAUCUGAAGCUUCCAGUUUAAAAAAAGGGCGAUAUUCAAAUGUGGGCACUGAAGAUGCGAGUCAACUGAAAUAUAAUGAGAGCAUUGAGAGGGCCAGCACUACAACUACUUAUGGGGAUACAAAAGAUCACAAAAUGAACCAUGCUGGUCAAAUCAAAAGCUCCAAAUUGCAAGAAAAAGAGGGCCCGUUGAUAAAGCUCAAAAAUGUCAACUCAGAAUCCUCUAACAUCAGCUUAAAACACGCAGGAGGAUUUUCAAAGGCAUUUGAAUCUGAUAAUCCACAGGGUGCACAUUCUUUGCUGGGUAAUAGAACUACUGAAGAUGGUGCAUCAGCAAGGAGGGGACCAGAAUUCCCAGGUACUCGGAGGAACAAACAUUCUUCAAUCAAGAGUGGAGAUGAUGUGCCUACCAUGUCUAGUGAGUUGGUUGAAGUUGAAGAAAAUAGUAGCUUUCCGCCCAUGUCACAGGCUUCUUCAGAGGGCCACAAGCCUCAUUUGAUAUUUAGAAUUCCAAAGAACUCAAACACGGGAAAUCAAAAUGAUCAAGGUAAUAUGAGUAAUGCAGAUUCUCUGCGACUAUCUGGAAAGGGGGAUAUCACUUAUACCAGGGGUCAAAGGUCGAAGAGAAGGAGACCAGCACUGGGUGACGGAGACACAUCUCAGCAGCAUGAAGAUAACACAAUAAAGGAGUUUACUGAUGCCAACUGGAUACUUCAAAAAUUGGGGAAGAAUGCUGCUGGGAAAAGAAUUGAGAUUCAUCAGUCAUCCAACGAUAGCUGGUCCGCCGGUGCUCUCAACAUUCACGGAUGGACUUCAAUAAACAUUUUCAUCCAACACCUCAUAUUUUUCAUACCACUUUUUGUGCAUAGUGGAACCGCGGUUGAUAUCUUUGAGGCUGAGGGUGAAUCAAUUGUAGCUGUCUCUCUAGAUGAUGGAAAGACUAAGAAUUUUGAACUUGGUAAGCAAGGAAUCCGUUUUGUUUCUCAGAAGCAAAAGCAUUGAUUCUGAUCUCACAAUGGAUUUUGAGUUCUGAAGUGAGCAGUAAUGGAAAAAAAAGAUACUCUUAUACACACCGUGCUUCUAUGAUACAAUUGCAUGGUGUGUUGACUGAAGCUUCGAGAAGGAGCGAAUGGCUCCUCUUUUUUCCUUCUCUCGAGCCAUUCUCUCUUUUGCGUGAAUCCUUUCUCAGCCAGAUGAUGUUGUUCAGAUAGCAGGCACUUUGCAGGAAAGAGCCAUUUGUGCCCAUAGUUUGAGUUACGUGACGAAUGCAUGACUUCCUGCACUCUGUCAAUGUCACUGAAAAAUGCGGAGAAAGGAACAAUGUUGUAACCUUAAAUGCUUAAUCCAUUCCUGCUUCUAGCUGAACAAGUUACUUUUCUAUUGAUAAGCAGUGUAUUUGCCAUUAUCCUGAAAUUGUGUGAUGAGUUGGAAGUUGGAACGUUUACUGUGAAAAUGUUGAAAAUUUAGGUCCAGAAUAUUGCAAAAUAUGGCUCUACCUUAUGACCAAUGGCUCAAUCUUGGGUUAGAAGGGAGUUUUCAUUUUGCAAAUGAUUUGAAUGACAAUUGGGUUAGAAAGGGAGUUUUUAAUUUGUACCGAUU